UAUGAUAAGUGUUCUUAAGAAAUAUCUUCAAAGUGCAAGAAACAGUAUUGUUGCUCAAAGAUCAGUUAUAGAAAAUUAUAAAGGAUGUAUAUUAGGGCUAGCAGAUAAUAUUCAAGAUCUUUCUACUAGCUGUAGUUGGGCGCAGAAUCAUGGAAUGAUACUUAUUGUUUUUCCAUCAUUUUUCUACGCUCAAAAGUUUGUUCAAGCUACACCGGAUAUUAUGCAAUACGAUUGGCAACAUGGUGUUGAUAUUUCCACUCUAUCUAUUCAAAGAUUACCAGCUUCAUUCAAGAAUAUUAUAUUUGAAAUGACAGUUAUUGAUUCAGUAAAAAUAGAUCAAUUUAAAGACGUUUUCCUGCCAAAGUUAUCAAUAGGUUUACCUGAUAGUCAGAAAAUAAUAUGCCUAUCUCAAACUGACGACAUUAAACCACUGAGAGGUGGAUGGACGGCAAAUUUUAUUAUUGUCAACCAAUGGGAUUCCACAGAUUUAUUUUUAGAAUGGUUCAAUAGCAAAGAGCAGAAAGAAGCAAGAAGCGAAGCAGGUGCUAAUAAUUUCAUAUCAACUAUAUUACUUGAAUUAAAGAAUAUCAUUUCCUGUUAAAAUACUACUGA